CAGGGCCGGGCCCGACAUGGCGGAAGAGGAGGUGGCCAAGUUGGAGAAGCACUUGAUGCUUCUCCGACAAGAGUAUGUCAAGCUGCAGAAGAAACUGGCAGAGACAGAGAAGAGAUGCUCUCUUUUGGCCGCGCAAACAAACAAGGAAAGCAGCAGUGAGUCCUUCAUCAGCCGCCUGCUGAUGAUCGUGGCCGACCUCUAUGAGAAGGAGCAGUACAGUGAUCUGAAGAUAAAGGUUGGAGGCAGGCACAUCAAUGCUCACAAGUUUGUUCUGGCGGCCCGCAGUGACAGCUGGAGUCUGGCCAAUUUGUCUUCCAUCGAGGAGCUGGACCUGUCAGAUGCGAAUCCUGAGGUGACAAUGACAAUGCUUCGCUGGAUCUAUACGGAUGAGUUGGAGUUCAAAGAAGAUGAUGUGUUCCUGACUGAGUUGAUGAAACUAGCCAAUCGGUUUCAGCUCCAGCUCCUUAGGGAGAGAUGUGAGAAGGGUGUUAUGUCUCUGGUGAACGUCAGGAACUGUAUUCGCUUCUACCAGACUGCAGAGGAGCUGAACGCCAGCACACUGAUGAACUACUGUGCGGAGAUUAUUGCCAGUCAUUGGGAUGACUUACGAAAGGAGGACUUCAGUAGCAUGAGUGCCCAGUUGUUGUACAAAAUGAUCAAAUCCAAGACUGAGUACCCAUUACAUAAAGCUAUCAAAGUAGAGAGAGAAGAUGUGGUCUUCCUUUAUCUAAUCGAAAUGGAUUCACAGCUCCCUGGGAAGCUGAAUGAAGUGGAUCAUAAUGGAGAUCUUGCUUUAGAUCUCGCGCUUUCCCGCCGACUAGAGAGUAUUGCCUCCACGCUGGUUAGUCACAAAGCUGAUGUGGACAUGGUAGACAAGAAUGGCUGGAGCCUGUUACAUAAAGGAAUCCAGAGAGGAGAUCUCUUCGCUGCCACUUUCCUCAUUAAGAGUGGGGCCCAUGUCAAUGCUGCUACAUUGGGUGCCCAGGAGACACCAUUGCACCUUGUGGCAUUGUACAGUUCAAAGAAACACUCAGCAGAUGUGAUGUCUGAGAUGGCACAGAUUGCAGAGGCCCUCCUGCAGGCUGGUGCCAACCCCAACAUGCAGGACAACAAGGGCAGGACUCCCUUACACUUGUCCAUCACGGCCAGGAAUGAAUACGUGUUCAAUCAGUUGCUGCAGUGUAAACAGUUAGAUUUAGAACUGAAAGAUCAUGAGGGCAGCACUGCCCUGUGGCUUGCAGUGCAGUACAUCACCGUGUCCUCCGACCAGUCCGUAAACCCCUUCGAAGACCUCCCCGUGGUAAAUGGAACUUCAUUUGACGAAAACAGCUUUGCAGCCAGACUCAUUCAGCGUGGCAGCAACACCAAUGCAGCUGAUACAGUAACAGGAAAUUGCUUACUACAGCAGGCAGCUGAAGCAGGAAAUGAGGCAGCAGCUCUUUUUCUGGCAACCAGUGGUGCCCACGUCAACCACAGAAACAAGUGGGGAGAAACCCCAUUGCACACAGCCUGUCGGCAUGGCCUGGCCAGCCUCACUGCAGAGCUCCUGCAGCAAGGUGCCAACCCAAACCUGCAGACAGAGGAGGCUCUGCCUUUGCCAAAGGAGCCUGCCUCUCUGACCAGCUCCGUGGACAGGGUCUCUCUGCAGACGCCGCUGCACAUGGCAAUUGCCUAUAAUCAUCCAGACGUGGUCUCCGUCAUUCUGGAGCAAAAAGCUAAUGCUCUUCAUGCCACCAACAACUUGCAAAUUAUUCCGGACUUCAGCCUCAAGGAUUCCCGAGACCAGACUGUGCUGGGCCUGGCAUUAUGGACUGGCAUGCACACCAUCGCAGCCCAGCUGCUGGGCUCUGGGGCUUGCAUCAAUGACACCAUGUCGGAUGGGCAGACCUUGCUGCACAUGGCCAUGCAGCGCCAGGACAGCAAGAGCGCGCUCUUUCUCCUGGAGCACCAGGCGGAUAUAAACGUCAGGACCCAGGAUGGGGAGACAGCCCUUCAGCUGGCCAUCAGAAAUCAGCUUCCCCUGGUGGUGGAUGCCAUAUGCACCCGAGGAGCUGACAUGUCGGUGCCAGAUGAGAAGGGGAACCCUCCUCUGUGGCUCGCAUUGGCAAAUAAUCUAGAGGACAUCGCAUCCACGCUGGUCAGACAUGGUUGUGAUGCCACAUUCUGGGGUCCAGGACCUAGUGGGUGCCUUCAGACACUCCUUCACAGAGCCAUUGAUGAAAACAAUGAAUCCACUGCCUGCUUUCUUAUUCGCAGUGGCUGCGAUCUGAAUAGUCCCAGACAACCCGGUGCUAAUGGAGAAGGAGAGGAAGAGGCCAGAGAUGGGCAGACCCCCUUGCAUUUGGCAGCCUCCUGGGGACUGGAAGAGACAGUACAGUGUCUUCUGGAGUUUGGUGCCAAUGUAAACGCACAGGAUGCAGAAGGAAGAACACCUGUUCAUGUGGCCAUCAGCAACCAACAUAGCGUCAUCAUUCAGUUGUUGAUUUCUCACCCUGAUAUCCACUUGAAUGUACGAGACAGACAAGGGCUGACCCCUUUUGCCUGUGCCAUGACUUACAAGAACAACAAGGCAGCCGAGGCCAUCCUGAAACGAGAAUCUGGGGCUGCUGAGCAGGUGGAUAACAAGGGCCGAAAUUUUCUUCAUGUGGCAGUCCAGAACUCUGAUAUUGAAAGUGUCCUGUUCCUGAUCAGUGUCCAGGCUAAUGUGAAUUCCAGAGUCCAGGAUGCCUCCAAGCUGACCCCUUUGCACCUUGCGGUCCAAGCAGGCUCAGAGAUUAUUGUCCGCAAUUUGCUUCUUGCAGGAGCCAAAGUGAAUGAAUUAACCAAGCACCGCCAGACCGCCCUCCAUCUCGCUGCCCAGCAGGACCUGCCCACCAUCUGCUCAGUCCUCUUGGAAAAUGGUGUGGACUUUGCUGCUGUGGAUGAGAAUGGAAAUAAUGCUCUUCAUCUCGCUGUCAUGCACGGUCGGCUCAACAACAUCCGGGUCCUCCUGACAGAGUGCACUGUGGAUGCUGAAGCCUUUAAUCUGAGAGGCCAGUCACCACUGCACAUUUUGGGACAAUAUGGCAAAGAGAACGCAGCAGCCAUCUUUGAUCUCUUCUUAGAGUGCAUGCCUGAGUAUCCUCUAGAUAAACCAGAUGCAGAAGGCAACACGGUGCUGCUCUUAGCAUACAUGAAAGGGAAUGCCAACUUAUGCCGUGCCAUCGUCCGAUCUGGGGCUCGCCUUGGGGUGAACAAUAACCAAGGAGUCAACAUUUUCAACUAUCAGGUUGCCACCAAGCAACUUCUGUUUAGACUGUUAGAUAUGCUGUCCAAGGAGCCUCCGUGGUGUGAUGGCUCCAACUGCUACGAGUGCACUGCCAAGUUUGGAGUCACAACUCGCAAACAUCAUUGUCGUCACUGCGGACGUCUUCUUUGCCAUAAAUGCUCGACCAAGGAGAUUCCUAUUAUAAAGUUUGAUCUGAACAAGCCUGUGCGAGUUUGCAACAUUUGCUUUGAUGUACUGACUUUGGGUGGGGUCUCUUAGUGAGCCCCCAGGAGGGUCCAGGCCAUAUCUCCGGUCAUCUCCCCAGCAGCUGCUCUGCUCACCAGCCUGACCCACCCAGAGCAGGAGCUGGCAGUUGUCUUCCUGCGGCAAUAGACUGGAACAAUUAAGGACCAUGGUGUGACAGAUCCCGUUUCAAAUGAUUCUGUAUGAUUGUUGGUGUGUCAGACUGUGACAGAGUUCACUAGAAAUCUCACUCAUUGGACCAGGCCAUUUAGCCUAAGUGGUAAAUGUAAUAGGAAUUAAACCCCAUUCUGCUAGCAGCAUAUAAGGACACCUUGAAAACCAUUUUCCCUUCCAGUAGCUUAAUGUCCAUCUCAGAGCAUUCAUGAAGUCUUCCUGCCUGCGCGGACUUACUAGGAAGAACCUAACAGGAGGAAGCUGGCGUCUGGCUGCUCCAGGAGAGCUCGCUUUGCUCUAGAGUAAGUGGCUGUGGACUUUUCUGCACAGUGUUUUCAUAAAGAUUAUAGGAUCCUCUAGCCCUGAAGUCUUUUUUUUGAAAAGCUAAGCUGUAUUUUUAGUGAGCUACCCCUUUAAAAAAGGUGAAAUCUUUCUAAACAGGGUUCAAAGAUGAGAGCUAAAAAAUCGUGGCCUUAACAACUGAAAGCUUUACCAGUAUUCAUGCUCCUCGGGUGUCAGAGGUGCAGUUUGGCAGCUUGACACCUCCCAGCAGCCAUCUCAUUCUCUCAUCUUGCUGUGUCCUGUCUGUGGAGUCCUCAGUCCCUCUGCCACUAGGGAGUGGUGGAGGAAAUGCACCUUGUGCUGCACUUUUUAUAUAGCUGCAUUAUUGGUAAUUCCAAUUUAAAAAUCCAUAUUCAAAAAUAUCCCCACACGUCCAUGCAUCAGUGAUUCUAAUGGUCACCUUUGACUGGGCCUCCCCAUACGCUAAGUCUUGAAAGAAAAACCCCUGUCGAGUGUCACUUGGAGGAAGAGAGUGAAUCACACAGGCCCAGAGAUGAGAGGGGAAGUCUCCAGCCUCAGUCUGUCCCAUUUCCUUGACGUGAAUGCUUCUUGCUGGAACCUUCCCUGGUUGUGCUGUGAGUGCUGUUGUCCCAGGUCCCCGUUCUGUGUAGCUUGCCCUGCCCCUUUAGAGCCAACAGCCAAAGGCCCCGGCCAAGCGUGAGUGGCCCCAUUUUGGAAGGCUCUGGCUUGUGUACUGAACGAGGCCCCCAGAGCUUACUGGGCCUUAGUCGCUGCUAGUAUAUAUGUUAACCCUGAGGUGUUAAACUUCUUUUCUUUUGAAGGUUUGGCCAGUUUUUUAAAAAUGCACAUUUAAAGAGAAAUUUCUACCACUGCUUUAAAGAAAAAACAAACAAAACUCUGAGAUGAACAAUAUGUGUUGUACAGUUAUACUCGGAGAUUAACAAUCUCAAUCAUACAUACUGAUUUUUUCAGACAUUUAAUAACCACUACAUUGUUUUUUUGCAUUAAUGAAGUACGGAUACAUGUAUAAAAGGGACUAAAUAUUUUUUUGCAAGAGCUUGUUUUUUUGUUUGUUUUUUUGGAUAGUGGUAUGUCCUUUAUGUUGCUGUAGAUUUAUACAUUCUAUUGCCUAAAUAUGUGUGUAAAAUGAGCUGAUAAACCAGAGUGCUACUUUUUUUUUAAAUAUUUCUGUGAUUUAUAAGAUAUAUAUGCUUUCUAUGUUAAUAUGAGCUUGUGUACAAUGUUUAAAAGAAAAAAUUAAUUAGAAGAGUUCCCCUGUCCUCCAAAGUCUGUGACAUAUUUCAUAUAGAAUUUUUAUAGAAAAACAGCUAGUCUUGGAGCGGUGAGGCAUGUGGUCAGUUUCCAUUUUCUGUUGCCCGAACAAGGCCCCGAGGAAGUCAGGCUUUAGUUAGGUGGCUUGCUUCUUUAAUUGGAAAGUAAGAUGAUUCUGCUUCAGAUAUGAAGCGAAGUGCUCGGUACUUUUAUUCUUGUUCUCUUAACGUUCAUGGUGGAGGGAGGAGGACGGGAAUCCAAUCAGGGAUGAGGCUGGUUGUCCUGCCCCUGCCCUGCCACACCAAUUUCAGUAACAAUCUUGCCUCUAAUUGCACUUAAAUCUUAAAAUCAUGUUUAACAUAUGUUGAGUGAAGCUUCUCUUUCUUCAGAGUCCAGGCCAGCUCUGGUUCUGAGCAGCCGUGGAUUGGGGGAACGUUUGUGGGUUCUGCACUGGCGUCAAGGGGCGCUCUUGCAGACCUCGAGGAAGCACCUUUCCCUAGGCCUAGGGCCCUCCCUGCCGCCGCCAGCUGCACUCAGCAGGUCCCUUGAGCAGCGGCUGCCCUGCCGGGUGAGACUCCCUCUACCCUGCCCUGGCUGGGACUUCACGCACCUCUCCAAGCCGCCAAGACUUGACAACAGAACUGCUGCUCCUGUUAAAUUUUAAUCCAUAGCUUAAAUACUAAGUAGCAGAAACUCAAUUUUCUUCAUUCAGAAAGUUGCCAAUUGUGAAUGAGUAGAGCAGGAAGAAUAAAUUUUACUGCAAUAUAAUUUGCUGUUAUCAGUCAACAUUGUUACGCUGAAUUAGCUUUUUAACUGCCUCUUGCUCAUCACUGUAUUUAUUAUACAGCAUAUUCUUAACAAUCCUUUUUUUAAAGAUGAAGGUACAAACCAUGUGCUACAUGUAAAUCGAAUGGCUAAAACUAACUGGCUGUGAUCCUCGAACAGGAAUUUCCCACAAACGUAAGUGCCUACUCUUAGGACUUUUUACCAUUCAGUUAUCUUUUUAGUGGUGUCUCACUGGAUGACGUGUUAGAACAUGUGUUCCAUUUGGAGUUUGCUGCCUGUGCACUGUCAAGCCCAACUAUCAGUUCAGUCGAGGCUGGGUUAGAUUGCUCAGUUCACCUGCCACAUUCUCUCCAGGAGUGGGGUCCAUGUGACCGUUAGUCCUCUACCUCAGAGCCCUGAGUCAUUUCUGACUGCCCUGUUCAGCUUCCUCACUCUUCUCCCUGAAUGGGGUCCCUGCUUGGAGCUCAGCGUGCUUGUGGGUUCACCACCACUCCCGAUUCGUGUCCCCCACCUGUCGUACUAGAUGGUAUUGUGUUAAUCUUGUCUGUAGGCAUGAAGUGGAGGGAAAGUCUUAGGAGCAGGGAGAGCCUUGAUUUCUACCUAGGAUUCUUUUAGCUGGAGAAAAAGAACACUAUUGAACUAUGGAAUGCUUAGACCUGAAAGGCAAACUAAGUCCCCAGGUGACAGUAGCAUGAGCAAGGAAAUGUAAUGCCUCCAUGACAGAUUCACCUGGAGCUCGCAGGUUGAGACUGGGGAAGAGCUCCUGAAACACGCUUUCUUCAGGUCCUGGGAUUGCACCCCCCAGGACGAGCCCCAGAAGAACUGGACGUGGCAUUGGCAAGCCCAGCCCCUCCUCAUCUGAAGGACCAAAGCUCCCCACCCCUAGCCGGGGGCAGGAGGGAGCAGAGGGGAAACAACUUUCUAAAGGGGUUUGGAAGCCACAUUCUCACUGGGUGGAAGUACUUUAGUGAAGAGCUGACUGUUUCACAAGAUAUAAACUAAACACUUACUAAAUUCCCAGAAGUUACAGAUGCCUUAAAGACUUCCUUUGGAAGAUCAUUGCCUGUACAGUUCAUUUCUUGUGUGGCAUAAAUAAUAUAUUAACCUGUUACAACUGACAACAUUGGUUUUCUGUAGCUAAGGAGUCUUGAGUUGGCAGACUAUUCAACUUACUGACUUGUCCUUUUUUGGCAAAUGUGUGGAGUUGGCUGUUACCAUGACAUACUUGUGUGAUACCAAGGGGAAGGGCAGCAGCCGGGCAGAAACUCAAGCACACAUUUGAGUUGAUCACCUUGGCUUCCAAGCCGUUCAGGGUGAUCUCAGGGUGGGAUGAUGGCAUCAUACAGGACCAUGGCGCUUAUCAGCAUUGUUUCUUUGGAGUCCAUGUAAUGGAAUGUAUUUUUCAAAUAUUGAUAUUUGCAUUUUCUGUAACAAUUCCUUAUAAUAAAAUGAGGUAAAAUUGUGCAUUUAAAGUGGAAA